AUGCCCUCCAUCGGCGGUCCUGGCAAGACUGCUCCCAAACUGCUUCACGACUUCCUCCAGUUCGAUCCUCUUCGCUCGCCACCCAACGCCAACUACCUGGCCGAUGUCACGCCACCGGUAGGAGAAGGCCAGCCACUACAGCCUGCGCAAAACAGCUGCAAACAUGAGUACACGCCGAAGUGGAGUCAGAGUGUAGCGCCGCCUAUAGACUCCAGGCCGCAAGAUGGAGCUGAGUACAAGAUCGCGGUGGUGUGCAAGAAAUGCAGGGUUCACGCAGACAUACACAUCUACUAUCCUCCUGCGGUCAACCCUUGUCCGAACGAAGACUAUCCGCUCCACCACUUCCGGCGACAUGAGCUUGGGGAUGAAGUGGGCCACACGCGUAUAGUGUACGCAUGGCAGUGUACCGCUUUCCAGUGCGCCGCUCAGCUACGCAUAAGCUUUCGCAGGCCGAGGCUGGAACCAGCGGACAUCGCCUUGCUCACAGAUACCGACAGACUGAGACGGAGGUAUGAAGCUGUCGUGGAAGAUGAGCCAGAGAGGGAGGGGUUACGGCAAGCUACGCCAAUAGAAGCUCUGAGCAGGUUGAGAAGAUACAUCAAGGAUGCUUUGAAUACGGAGCACACAAGGCGGUCGUUCCCUGCUAACAACAAGAGGUUCAUCGAAGCUUAUGGUGUUCGUGGACAAGAGUGCGCAGACCUUCUGAACAAGCUGGGGUUCAAUUAUGAGCACCCUGACUGGAAACUACCUCAGCCUCCAGUGCCGGAUGAUCGGUUGCGCGCCUCUGGCGACAGCCUGCGUGAAUACCUGGAGGACUUUCAGAUGGAACUUUUGGCCUUGGUCUCGAGGUUGGCAGCUGACGCAAACUCCGUCAACCCUUUCGCUGCAGAGGGAUGGUCAUCCGCGGAACGCGACAUUGAAAGGCUGCUUGCAGCUCAGGGGUCGCCCACUGACAAACGCAGCUACUUCGCGUCACUUGGCGCGCUGCCCGACUUUGCAGACUCUCUCGUCGAAUUCGCUUACGACCGGCAAAGCCUUUGCCACCCAGAGCAGAGACCGUACUACUUCGAGUCCUUGCAGGUCAUCGCCGAAAACCGAAACACCGAGCAACUUCAAGUCAAGGUAGCAACGCUGGCCUCAGAGGACAUCGUCAGUCGCCGGGACCUCAGCGCCGCCUAUCGGAAUUUGCAGGUCACUGCAUCGGACGAUGACGAGCGGGUAUUGAAUCUGUACCACGUUCUGAUCUCAGACGCUGGGCCAUCCCAACAGGACGACGCGCGACAAGCGCUCUACAAGAUUGGACUUGCUAGAGGAAGUCAGCGACUCAUCAAAGCCGCGCAGCAGACGAUGGACACGUACGAAGAUGCAUUGGCAUGGCUCGGCAACGGAGCAAACAAAGACACUGCUGAUGACAUGCUCUUGUCGCUCGUUGCGGUCAAGACCGGCGACAGCAAAAGCAACGAUGAGUUGGCGCAGAAGGCGAUUUCAAUCAUCGCCCGAGAACGCAAAAGCGAGGCCCUCAACUCAUGGCUGGUGUCAGGCACAACCGGCGGGUACGAGAUGACUCCAGAAGAAGCUUUACGCCAUUUUGGGUUUGAGGGGAAAAUCAGCGACAUAGAUCGUAGCGUCUUGACCACCACGAUCGAGUUCGCAAGACAGGACCGACCAAGCGAACAAACGGACAAAGCCAUCGCUGCGCUCCAAAAGGCCAUGGCCAUCGGUGCUGCCGCAAAACUAUAUCCGGCCGAAACGUGGCCUGCGGGUCUGGAAAGCCACGGCAACACCUGCUAUCUCAACAGUUUACUACAGUACUACUUCAGCGUAGCCCCAUUGAGGAACAUCGUGCUCAACUACGACGACUACAAACUUGACACCACCAAGUAUCAUGAGAAGCACGAACGCGUCGGUUAUCUCAACAUAUCAAUGGUGGAGAUCAAAGGUGGACAGCGAUUCGCAGAGGACAUGAAGCAUCUGUUUGAACGCAUGAUCAAGAGCCCCAGCGACAAAGUCAGACCGGAGGAAGAUCUCGUAUGCCGUGCAUUCUUGAACCCGAAAGAUUAUGCGCUGCUGGCAAGCUCCGUGAAAGAAGAGAAUGCCGCCCAAGGACCCCAAACCAAUGGUCUUGAAAGCGCUGUCGACAGCGACGUGACGGACGAGUCCAAAGGUUCUGCCACCAUCGAGGACAGACACCAAUCGGAUGCCAGUAGCGUCACGCUUCAGGCAGGAUCGGAGAAUGGUGAAGGAGCAGAUGUGGCAAUGAAGGAUACCGACUUACCUCCCACGCCGCCCGAUUCCGGCGCCGAAGACAAGGACAAUGACAAUAAACCUGCAUUGCCACCACGCAAGUUUUCCACCGUCAGAGAGCGAGCACUUUCCGCCGCAAAAGAGAAAGCAACCCAGCAACAAGAUGUGUCGGACGUCCACGAGAAGAUCAUGUGGCGACUACAAGCGGGCAUGACGCCCAAAGGACAAGAUGAGUUCGGCGAGCAGAGAGACGCAAUUCGUGAGCUGUUUGAGGUUGUUUACACCGACACACCCGUCGAGAAUGGUGUGGAAGGGACACCAAAACUCGAGAUCAGAACGAGCAUUCAACUUGGCGUGCCUAUCGAGGAUACGAACUUGUACGCCAUGCUGGAUGCCGUCACGGACCAACAACCUCCGAUUGCAGAUGCAGCCGCAAAGAAAGGUGUGGAGGUCUACAAGACCUUCCGCUCGCUGCCACCUGUGCUACAGAUCAACAUACCGCGUAUUAUGCAAGAUCCAAUCACUGGUGCGCCUACCAAGUCGAAAGCUUGCGUCAAGUUUGAAGAUGAGCUAUACAUGGACCGGUACUGCGAGCAAAGCGGCAGCGAAGUCCUGCAGAAGCGCAAAGCAUGCUGGGGAUGGCGCAAGCGACUCCACGCCUUGAAGAAAGAGCAGAAGGUGCUGUCGUCUUGUGUGGCCGACCUGGACGGCGCAGCUGCUUUGGAAGAGGCCGCAAAGUAUCUGAAUACCUUUCCCGGAAUCAACGACGACCUCGAAUCCAUGGGCAUAGACGGCUUUGAUGUCGACCGAGACCUCCAAGCCACGCUCGCUGCUGAUGCUGAAGCGCAGAAGAGCCGUCUGUCCGUCAUCGAGAAUGAGAUCCAGGCACUUGAAAGCCAGCUCAAAGACGAAUAUAACGAGAAGGACCUAAAGUAUCGCCUGGCGGCUGUCAUGGUCCACCGUGGCGGCUCUGGCAGCGGACAUUACUUCACGUACAUUCGCGACUUCGGAAACGACCUGUGGCGCACAUACAAUGACGAAAAGGUGACCCAAGUCACCAACCUCAACGAGAUCUACGAGGCCAGAACGUGGCUGGAUGGCACACCCGCCUUCGCCGUCUAUGUUCGAGACGACAAGAAGUCAGAGCUCAUCCAGCCGGUCUGCCGCGCGCCCGAGAAGCUCCCAACUCCAGAGCCCAGCGAGCCGAUUGCUUCAGGCUGGGACGAUAUCACCAUGGAGAACGGCGAAUCGCAAGCAGGCCAGCCAACUGUUGGCAUCGACCCAAAACUGACGAUGAAGGAAGGAGGUGAAGAAGAUUGGGAUGAGCAGCGACAGGUUCCCAAAGUCAACUGGUAG